CGCGUAGCGGCGGCGCUCUGUGAGGAAGGAGCUCAGGGAGUGCUCUUAUCUGUGUGUCGCCGUUAAUUUCUGUCGUUGAUAGCUCCGUUACCAUUUUUCUUGGUUGUAUUUGUAUCCGGAUCUUCUAUCGGGUCUAGAAAAGGCAACGCGGGUCGCCUGGUCUUGCGUGCAAUGGGAGCUCCACCAUGUCAACCGAUCUUGGGCCUGGCACACGUUUAAGGGCUACAUCUGGUAUGGGCGACGGAUUGGAAGGUGCGCAGAUGUCAGGACCUCAGCCACCUGUCCUAACCCAGCCCCAGCCACAGACUCCCCAACUUGCCAAUCCCCCACCUCCUGAGACCUCCAGCACCAACCGACCAAAGCGGCAGACAAAUCAGUUACAGUACUUACUCAAAACCGUGCUCAAGACGCUAUGGAAGCACCAGUUCGCUUGGCCUUUCCAGCAGCCUGUGGAUGUCAUCAAACUUAAUCUGCCGGAUUAUUAUAAAAUCAUUAAAAUUCCAAUGGAUAUGGGCACCAUUAAGAAGCGCCUAGAAAAUCAUUAUUAUUGGAAUGCUCAAGAAUGCAUCCAGGACUUCAACACCAUGUUUACCAACUGCUACAUUUAUAACAAGCCUGGCGAUGACAUAGUGCUGAUGGCUGAGGCCCUGGAGAAACUUUUUCUGCAGAAGAUUUCAGAGAUGCCACAAGAAGAGACAGAAUUAGUCAUUGUGCAGAGCAAGGGUCGUGGACGAGGACGGAAGGAGCCAGAUACUUCCAUCGCUCCUAUGAGAACUCGGGUGUUAUCAGGAAGUCAAGCUGACAAGAGCAUCUCAAAACCUCCUAUUACACCUGUGCCCAAGCCAGCAACACCUACUCCCCCUGUUGUGACUCGUGCUGUCACACCUCCACAGACUCGAGCCCCUGUUGCCAGACCCCCAACUAUCACCCAGGCUCCCAUUCCUUACCAAGCCACUGUCACUCAGGACCUUGUGGUUCCUCCACUAGUGACCCCGGUUUCAGCCCCUCAACCCCUGCAGAGUCAUCCUGCUGUCAUCCCCACUGCUGCCCAGCCUGUAAAGACAAAGAAGGGAGUGAAAAGGAAAGCAGACACCACAACCCCAACUGCUCACGACCCGCCCCAUGAAUCCUCCCCACUCCCCAGUGACCCUAAGCCACCAAGGGUUGCUCCUAGAAGAGAAAGUGGACGCCAGGCUCGACCAGCCAAGAAAACAGAGGUGCCUGACUCUCAGCUUCCUGCCCCUCCAGUUUUACAUCCUCUGUCACCUCCCCCAUUAAUACCAGAAAAGAACAGCAGAAAGACAUCUGAGCAAUUGCAGUAUUGUGCUGGUAUUGUUCGUGAGAUGUUUUCCAAGAAGCAUCAAGCAUAUGCAUGGCCAUUUUAUAAGCCUGUGGAUGUAGAGACUCUUGGGUUACAUGACUACUGUGAGAUCAUUAAGCAUCCAAUGGAUUUAAGUACCAUCAAGUUGAAACUGGAGAAUCGUGAAUACAGGGAUGCUCAGGACUUCGCCUCUGAUGUACGGCUAAUGUUCUCCAAUUGUUACAAGUACAAUCCUCCUGACCAUGAGGUUGUGGCAAUGGCCCGAAAGCUGCAGGAUGUGUUUGAAAUGCGAUUUGCCAAAAUGCCAGAUGAGCCUGAGGAAUCGCCUGCUCCAACUCCCUCGCCUGCCCCUGGCCCUCCUGUCCCUUCUGUCAAAGGCCCUCCACCAACUUCUAGUGACAGUAGCAGCGACAGCUCUUCAGACACUGAGAGCAGCUCAGAUAGUGAAGAAGAUCGUGCACAAAGACUAGCAGAACUUCAGGAACAGCUUAAAGCCGUACAUGAGCAAUUAGCCGCUCUAUCUCAGCCCCAACCGAACAAACCAAAGAAAAAGGAGCGUGAAAAAAAGAAGAAAAGCACAAACGGAAGGAGGAAGUGGGAUGAGUCUCGCAAGGGUCGAACCCGGGAACCCUCCUGCAAAGAACCAAGAAGAGUUUCUCAGGGACCUGCAGGCACACCCAGCAUUAAAAAGGAAAUACCACCACCUGUGUCACGUCCUCCUCGUCCAGCACCGCCCCCUGCACCCUGUGAGUCCUCAGAGGAGGAGCCUCAACGAUGUCGGCCUAUGUCCUAUGAGGAGAAACGGCAGUUGAGUCUGGAUAUUAAUAAGCUACCUGGGGAAAAAUUAGGCCGUGUUGUGCAUAUCAUCCAAUCCCGUGAGCCUUCUCUCAAGAAUUCCAAUCCUGAUGAGAUUGAGAUAGACUUUGAGACACUCAAACCGUCCACACUGCGAGAAUUGGAGAGAUAUGUCACCUCAUGUUUGAGGAAGAAACGAAAGCCGCAAGAUAAAUUAGAAGCUCCCUCCUCUGGCUCUGGUAAAGUUAAAGGAUUCUCUUCUUCUGAAUCUGAGAGCUCCAGUGAGUCCAGCACUUCAGACACUGAAGAAUCUGAUCCUGAAACUGCACCAAAACAGAAGAAGAAGAGUCACUCUGGCAGAGAAUCUAGAAAGCAUCACCAUCCCCAACAGCAACCUCUUGCCCCACCUCCUGUUCACAAACCUCCUUCUCCUCCUACCCCAGUUUCCUUUCCUCUACCUCCUAGCUUAGAAUCUCCCCAACCAUCCAUUCGCCACCCUCUGCACACUGGGAGUGUUUUUGACUCAGUUUCUACCCAUUUUGGACAGUCAGUUCUUCAUAUACCGCCCCCUGAUCUGCCUCCACAUCUUACAGGGCCGCAGGAACAUUGCUCCCCACCUCAUCUAAAUCAGCAUCCCCUUGUCAGCCCUCCAGCUCUACACAAUGCCAUGCCCCAGCAACCCUCCCGCCCAUCAAACCGUGCUGCAGCCCUUCCUGCCAAACCUAUUCGGCCUCCCUCUGCUUCUCCUCCACCUUCUCAACCUCCCCAUCAACAUCCUUUACACUCCCAUCAUCACCACCCACAGCCCCCUCACAACCUCCUAGAGGAUGAUGGUCCCCCGUCACCCCCUAGUGGUCUCCCUUCCUCCCCUGUUCCCCUUGGUCCUUCGCAAAUGGUUAUGUAUCUACAACAACUUCAGAAGUCUCAGCAACCUCCACCUCAGGCACCACUUCUCCCAUCUGUCAAAGUACAGUCUCAAACUUCCCUUGCUGCUCCUCCACAGUCUAUGAGGCAACACCAGUCUCUUCCCUUCCCUACUCCUCCCCCUUCCUCUAUUAGCAACCAUCCUCCUCCCUCCUCUUCCUCCCAUAUACACCAGUUGCAGACACCGCCUGCAGCUUCACAGUCACAACCAGCAGUACAAUUACCGCCCCCUCCCCAGCAUGCAGCUCUGCAGGGUCCGCUGGCAGUUCCACACCAGCAACAGCAUGUACAGCACCAGCAGGCCAAGCAGCAACAGGUGAUUCAACAUCAUCAUCCUUCACCACGGCAGCAGAAACAAGAACCAUACACAGGAGGUCACAUGCGAGAGGCCCCUUCACCUCUCCUCCUACAUUCUCCUCAGGUUCCUUCCUUUCCAAGCAUGACUCAUCCUCCUUCACCUCAUGCUGGCCAUUCUAAGAAGCAGGAAAUUAGAGGAGCAUCUGUGCUGCAGCCUCAGGCACUUGUUUUAAAAGAGGAAAAACAUCAUUCUCCUACUCUUCGCCCGGAAAGAUUCUCUCCAGGAAUGAGGGCUGAGCCCCCAAAGCUUCAAGAGUCUAUGAAGGGUCCUGGCCACAUUCAGUCACGGCCUGACCUAAAGCUUAUAGAUGGGGCUCGCCCUGUGAGAGCAACUGAACAGAGCCUCCCAAUGCAAGGGAUCUCUGAAAAGGAGAAGCAAAAGCAUGAGCCCAAGACACCGGUAGCCCCUAAAAAGGAUCUAAAGAUGAAAAACAUGGGGUCAUGGGCAAGUCUUGUGCAAAAGCCUCCAGUCACCCCAACAGCAGCUGGCAAGUCUUCAAGUGACAGCUUUGAGUUAUUUCGACGAGCUGCUCGUGAGAAAGAAGAGCGUGAAAGGGCCCUUAAACUGCAGGCUGAACAAGCAGAGAGAAUGCGCAGAGAGCAGGAGAGGCUAAGAAACCGGGAAGAUGAUGAUGCACAUGAGCAGGCCCGCAAAGUGCAUGAAGAUGCUCGUAGGCGGCAAGAGCAGCAGCAGCAACAACAACAGCAGCAGCAGCAGCAACAGCAGCAGCAGCAGCAACAUGUGCAAAGCUCCCUCCCUUCAGCUCCAUCCCCUGCACAGAGUUCGCAGCCAAUCAUGGAUCAGAGGGAGAUGGCUAGGAAGAGAGAACAGGAAAGGAGGCGACGACAAGCAAUGACCCCCUCAAUAGACAUGAAUUUUCAGAGUGACCUGAUGGAGAUAUUUGAACAGAACCUGUUCUCCUAAGACUUAAUUUUCCCUACCACUCCUCCUUCUACACCACUCUCUCUACAAUUCCCACUUGUUUUUAAAUGUCACCAGGAGCGCUUUGUUUUCCAAGAGACUGAGUUGUUUGCCCCUUUCUGUAUUUUUAAUCCCAGCCCUAUGUGUUGCAUCAGACUCACAAAAUGAUGAUGGAAGAGGAGCAACGUUUACCCAAAUCUCAAAUUGUUGUGCAGUAAUCUUCUAGACGCUCUUGGUCCCCAAUGUGGAACAACCUAAUAAGGAAAAGAGACUUUCAAGGGGAUAUUAUGGCUCUUUUCCUUCCCCUCUUUGGAAAAGCUGUUGAGUGAAUAAGUCUCCAACAAAAGAGAUGGGAUUGGCUGCAGUGUAGAGAGUGCUUGGUUGUGUGAGGCUAGGAGGGCUGCAGAACAUUGCAUGUGUGCAAAUCUAUAAAUGUAGAGAUGUGUGUGCAGACAUCACUGUGCUUACAUGUAUACCCAAACUGCUUCACACAAUUCAACUAUACUGCAUCCCCCAAUACAAUCCUUUUUUUUUUAUAUAUAUAUAUUUUUUUAUAUUUUUUUAUAAUUUUUUUUUUUUUUUCUUUGCUGCAUCCUUUUAUUUGAACCCAGACUAUAUGCAGAGCAGUGUAUAUGCAGAGAAUGUAUUUGGUUGAUGCAUGCUUGGACUCUGAUUGUAUACAUCAGAUACAAGCUUUAGUAGUAUAUAUCAUGCAUUACUGAUCUACAGGAGAAUUUCAAAGCAGUGUUAACAAUGCAUAUCAUGUGUAAAAUGCAUUUUCAUAUGCAAAGCAGUUAGAGUAUAAAUUGCAUUCCUGGAUGCAAAAUAUUUUAUUUAUGUUCUACAGGCAUUGGAUAUAUAUAUAUAUAUAUACACACACACUGCUUUGUGUGUGUGUGUACACGUAUGUGUGUGUGUGUGUGUAUGUGUGUAUAUAUAUAUAUAUAUACACACACACUGCUUUGUGUGUGUGUGUGUACACGUAUGUGUGUGUGUGUGUGUAUGUGUGUAUAUAUAUAUAUAUAUAUACACACACACUGCUUUGUGUGUGUGUGUGUACACGUAUGUGUGUGUGUGUGUACACGUAUGUGUGUGUGUGUGUACACGUAUGUGUGUGUAUGUGUGUAUAUAUAUAUAUAUACACACACUGCUUUGUGUGUGUGUGUACACGUAUGUGUGUGUAUGUGUGUAUAUAUAUAUAUAUACACACACACUGCUUUGUGUGUGUGUGUGUACACGUAUGUGUGUGUGUGUAUGUGUGUAUAUAUAUAUAUAUAUAUACACACACACUGCUUUGUGUGUGUGUGUGUACACGUAUGUGUGUGUGUGUGUGUAUGUGUGUAUAUAUAUAUAUAUAUAUAUACACACACACUGCUUUGUGUGUGUGUGUGUACACGUAUGUGUGUGUGUGUGUACACGUAUGUGUGUGUAUGUGUGUAUAUAUAUAUAUAUAUACACACACUGCUUUGUGUGUGUGUGUGUACACGUAUGUGUGUGUGUAUGUGUGUAUAUAUAUAUAUAUGUGUGUGUGUGUGUACACGUAUGUGUGUAUAUAUAUAUAUACACACACACACAUUAAAAGGCACACAUGUUCUCAUGCUUUUUCAUCUAUACGCCUAUAAUAUAUGCCUCAAUAUGCAUCUGUGCACACUUUAUGAAAUAGUAUGGUCUGCAUCAGUAACUGACCUCUCAGCUUUCCCAGAUCUAUGCAAUCCACACAUGCCCUUGUUUACAGUUAUCUACAUAGACACUGCUCUGCAUUGUGAUAUGCACUAUGCAUCCUAUAAAACAACUUACUCCACAUAUUACAGCUUAUCACUCUUACCAGUUUCAGAUUAUUUUUUUUUCUUGAUUUUUUUAUUUUAUUUUUAAACACAUUUUCCUGUAAUUCAAACAACUUAUUUGUUUAUAUGUGUGCUGUGUACUGUGCACAUUUGUUCAGCACAUGUAUAUAAACCUUUAUUAAGGAGUCAUCAGAUGUACUUGACAUAUGUAUGAAUUGAUACAAUUGCUGUGCAUAUAUACAGUUUAUGCAUAUAUACAAAUUAUUCUGCUUGAGCAUACACAUACUUCUAACACACAAUUUGUUUUUCUCUCUCCAAGUAUAUAUAUGAUAGUAUGUACAUAUGAAAACUCAUGUGUAUUUAUCCUUUCAUUGUUACGUAUGUUUAUUUCAUAAUGUCCUUAAGAGCAUGACAACUCACGUGCACCCACAACAUAAAUAUUUUGCUUUUUGUUCAGUACUCUGCAACUUAAGUUUGCAUUUCAGAAUUAUGCAUAAGCUUUGCUCAGCAUCCCUUCAUGCAUAUAUUUGUACAUCUGCAUUACAAAUAUACACCUAUUUUGUAAAGUGUAUAUGCAGAGUGUGUUCCUCUAGCCCAUGGAUUGGGGAACCUUGGCCCUUCAGAUUUCCCAUGAUGCUGGACUUUAGAGUGCCUAGUAAGCAUCAUGGGUAAUGUAGUUCUGAAACAUAAGGCGUGCCAAGUUUCCCCAUCCCUGCUCUAGCCAUUUACACUUAGUAUCAUGAAAAUACAUGCCCACACAGGGUAAAUGUUCUGCAUUUUAAUAGCAGUACUUACAUAGCAAAAAAUGUGUUUUUAACAGUCUAGCUCUAUCUGCACACCAUAUGAUGCUCUGCCAGUCCAGUGCCCUAAUACACCCAAAUAAUUUAGUGCAAUUUCCUGCUUGCACAUAAUACCGUGCGUACUUUGCAAAUGACCAAGUGCGCUGCUAUUAAGUAUUGCAGUAUUGUGGAGCAGCUGUUCCUCACCACCUACUUUAGGUAGUACAGACCCAUUUUGGGAGAUUGAAAGAAGUUUUCUAGUUUCAAUUUAGGGAGCAAAAGAAAAUUUGCAAACUCACAAAUCCCCUUUUCCCUUUUUGCCUCUGUAAUUUUACCCUAUGUUUAAUUUUUUGGUUCUGUUUCUUUUUUUAUUUUAUAUAUAAAUAUAUAUAUAAUUUGAAUUGUUUAAAAAACUAAAAUCCUUUAUGUGCCAUAAACGUCAACCCUUUCUCACUUCUGCCUGUUUCUUUUAUGUGCUCUUUGUCCCCUUCUUUUUAGCCUAGCAGCCUGUAUUUUCUUCCCCUCAUCCUUAAGUAACAGGCGCAGAAGUCUGUGUUGUAACUGAUUUCAUGCAAUAAAGUCUUUUUUAUAUUAUUUUCAUUUUA